GGCUGAGGUAGGGGGCGACGGUGAUGGUACCUACACCGGAGCGCACCGCUUGCCAAAGAAGAAGAAACUAUCAUGGCGGCCACCGGCAGUAACGUGGAGGAGAUCAGGAAUCUGGUGGUUCUAGAGGAGUUCGGAGUGAAGAAUGUCCACACAACAGACUUCCCUGGAAACUACCCUGGAUUCCAGGAUGGCUGGGACAUGAAGACCUUUCAGAAGAACUUUAGGAUUGACGUUGUGCAUCUGGAUGAGAACAACAUAGAGUUUGAUAUGGUGGGGAUUGAUGCUGCCAUUGCCAAUGCCUUUCGAAGAAUCUUACUUGCAGAGGUUCCGACCAUGGCCAUUGAGAAGGUGUUUAUCUACAACAAUACAUCGAUUGUCCAGGAUGAAGUCUUGGCCCACAGAUUGGGCCUUGUGCCCAUCAAAGCUGAUCCUCGUCUGUUUGAGUACAAAAACAUUGCCGAGGAAUUCGGAGAGCAAGAAGCUUCAGAAAUAGAUACAAUUCAACUUCAGCUGAAGAUCAAAUGCAGCAGGAACCCCAGAGCCAGCAAAGAGUCCUCAGACCCACGAGAGUUGUACCUGAACCACAUUGUGUAUUCCAAGGAUAUAAAUUGGGUCCCUUUGGGGAACCAGGCAGAUGUAUUUGCAGACAGUCGGAUUGGGGCAGUGCAUGAUGACAUUGUAAUAGCUCAACUACGACCUGGGCAGGAGCUGGACGUGGUCAUGCAUUGUGUCAAAGGCAUUGGAAAGGAUCAUGCCAAGUUUUCCCCGGUGGCAACAGCUAGUUAUCGUCUUCUCCCAGAUAUCACACUGAUGGAACAGGUGGAGGGAGAGAAGGCAGAGCGCCUGAAGCGCUGCUUUUCACGUGGAGUUAUAGAUCUAGAAGAUGUUCGAGGGAAGAAGGUUGCCAAAGUGGUGAACAGUCGACUAGAUACGUGUAGCAGGGAAGUACUUCGACACAAGGAUCUGAAGAACUUGGUGAAGCUGGGCAGAGUGCGAGACCAUUUCAUCUAACCACUGGCUUUUUAGCGUCAAGACGCCGCACGUCUAUCGCUGCUUUGAGGAGAAGGGCGGUCUAUGGGAAGGGAUGCCUACCGAUAUAUCAGCUUAGCCAGUUAAGUUCUGUUUAGUUUAUAACCUAUUGAAUUGUAUGACUUCAUGGUCUUCAUGAUUUCAUGUUUAUUAUAAAGCCCAUUGAGACGACUAUUGUUGUGAUAUUGGGCUAUAUAAAUAAAUUGAAUUGAAUUGGGAUUCGUGCAUUGCUCAGGUUUGUAGGGCAUAAACUUCUUUUCCCAGUCUUUGUUCAUAAAAUGCACCUUUAAAGUCACGAAGGACUUUGUGGCCCUGGAGGUCCAGCCGUCACACAUGAGCCCCACUCUUUCUGCUGUUUCCAGAAACACCAAAUAUGGUUGCUUCUGCACUAGGCUGGAGGGUGAUAUGGAGUGCAUCUGAUAAGGUUUUAAAAAUUGUAGACCAAUAGUUCACCAAAGCAGAGCAUGACCAGAACAUGCGGGUUAGAUUGGCUGGACUAUUUUUUGACAUCUGUCACAAUUUGUACUCUGAUGAGGAUAAAUUCUUGACAGUCUUCCCUUAGAAAAGUGAGCCCUAUGUAUAAUUUUAAACUGUAUUAUAUUUAACUUGGCUCAAGAGGUACUGUGGUUAACUCUCUGUAAGGCCCCAUUAUCAUUCAAACUUUGCCCAAGCUCUUCCUCCCAGCUGUCUCUUAUUUUCAGAAGAGCUGUGCUGUCAUGAAGUGAUAUACGGUCUUUGAUUUUGGAAAUUAAUCUUUUUGAAUUAAAUGGCAUCUCACACACCUCAUCUAACAGAGACUGGGGGUAUUAUAGAGAAGUUAGGGUCAUGCUGCUGAAGGAAGUUUCGGUACCUUGAAGGUACCGAAAAAAGUGAGAGUGAGGCAGAUUAAAUUUGGAAGUAAGAUCAUUGAAGCUUGCAAAUAUACAGUUUAGGUACAUGUCCUUAAAGUUAAUACCUUUCUCUUCCCAAAUUGUGAAUACAAAGUCUGUCUUACCAGGGAGAAAAAAGUGAUUUUUACGAAUAGGACUAGUGGUAAGGACCUGAGUGAGUCCAUAUGUCUGUCUGAAUUGAAACAUAAUUUUAAAGGAAUUUGUAACUACUGGAUUGGGUUUAAUAUAGUGUGAAAUGACACUAUAUUAAGUGUCAUUUCACUUAAUAUAGUCACCUCCAAAGAUUAGUUAAUGCAAAUUUAUGUCGGGUAUUAUAGGGGUAGUUUUCGUUAUAAAAUCCUCAUUGUCCCAGUUGGAAGCAUAUACAUUAACCAAAAGAAAAUGUCAUAAAGAACCCCGGAGACGAUGACAAAGCGACAUUAUGGAUCUAAUACGAUCCUGGUCGGUCUAAAUGGUAUUCUUUUGUGUACCAGAAUGGCAGAGCCCCAUGAUGUAGAAUUUAAAUUUGAAUGGAAAAUCUGCCCAAUCCAAGAUUUUCAUGAGUCUCAUCUGAUCUUUGUUCUGUAGGUGGGUUUCUUAGAGAAAAUUGAUUUCACAUUUUAACGAUUUGAGAUGAUUACAGAUUUGUGCUUUACAGGACCAUUUAGCCCCCUCACAGUUCAGCUAACAAAUCUCACACCAUCUUGUCUCUUACAAGCGCUCAUUUAUAAAAGAUAAAAAAGUAUUAUAACAAAAA